AUGAGAGAGAAUAUUAAAAUGUAAUUAUAAUUAGAAAUUGAUUAAAAAAAUUAACCUAAUUAAUAAGUUGAUGAUGCUGCUUCUUAGGUAUCAUCUUUAAUAGGUUUAAAGAAAUCUUUAUUCUAUAAAAAGUAUGAAUUAAUAAAUGGAAUAAUUGAUAACACAUAUAAACCUAUCUCUUAUAAAUUAUGUCAUAUUUUAUUCUUUAUUUAAUUGAUUUUAAUUUCAACUUAUAGUAUAAUUAUUUUAUAGAAUUUGAACACUGAUUUUAAUAGAUUCAUUUAAGAAGUUGAUAUGCUUUUGUUUAGUUAUAGUUUUAUGACUCCUUUUGAUAUAUUUUUAGCUUUAAGAUUUUCCACUGUUUACUAUUAAGUAUAAGUUCCAUCUAGAAUGACUGCAGCUGAAAAUACUGUAUUAUCUGCUUGGUUAUCAAAUCAUUUGGGAGAAGGAUAUGAUGAUAUGAAGAAUAAUUUUUUAGAAUAAUUUUCUAAUCCAUAAAUAUUAGAUUUUUUUACUGAUUAAGAUUUUGAUGUUUAAUUUAUGAAAGAAAAUUCAACUUCAAUGGAAGUAAAGACACUUUCAUUCAGAGAAACUUUAAAUGUUUUAUUGUAAUAUUAAUAUCAAUUUAAAAUUGCAUAUUUAAAAAAGACAUCUUUAACAAAUUAACCAUUUUCUACAUAUCCAUAUUUUAAUUAUUUAGAUUUACAUGAUAAAUUUGAUAAUAUGACUAAUGAUAUUUUAGAUUAUACUAAAGAACGAAAAUAAAUUGUUUAAGAUAAUUGGUAAUCUAUAUGGAUUCCAUUUUUAGUAUUGGAUGCAUUAUUUAUGAUAGCUACAUAUUAUUAUUAUAAAUAAUAUCUAUCAAUUUAUGAAAGUUUUUUAAAUCUAUUUAAAUUUACUGAUGAAAUUUGGUUAAAUAGAGAUAUGGAAAGGUAUAAAAUAUUAAUUAAUAUUUUAACCAAAAAUUCAGAUGUUAUAUUCAAAUAUCAAUUUGAUUUAGAACAAAAGGAGAAAUUUAUGAUGGCUGAAAAAUACAAAAAAGAAUCUAAAAUAAUACAUGAUUUAAAAAAGAAAAAAAAUUAUUAAAAUUAUGAUAAACUUUCAACAAUUUAUGGACUUGUUGGAAUAUCAUUUGUAUUUUCAGUAUUCUUUAUACCUGCAUUAUUAAUUUAAUUAUAAACUAAUAGUUAUUUAUCAAAGUAUGUGAAUACAGCAGAUUUUUAUAAAUUUACAGGAGAUCUUUGUUUUUAAUUACCAGGCAUGUUUUCAUAAAGACAAUUCUUAUAUUGGUGGUCAUUAUAUAAUUUAGAUAUUAAUGAUAAACCAAGAAUGAUAACUAGAUUAUUUAAUGGUAUUGAUAAUUUAAAAUAAUUUGAUGAACAUGUACAAAAAUUUAAUUAGGAAGAGUAUUUAACUACCUAAAGUUUCAUUGAUAAAUUAAAUUUGCUUGUAAAGAGUCCAGUGUGUAAAUUUUUUACUGGUGAUUAAUAUAAUGAUUAUGCUUUUUAUUGUUCUAGAUCUUUUGAUGGAGCUUUAGAUAUGGGUCUGAGUUAAGCAUUGAUGUAUGCAGCAAAUUAAUAUAAAGUAACAUUUGAUUUGAAUAACUUUACUUCGAUUGUACAAUAUUUUAAAUAUGAAGCUGAAGGUAUGUAUAUUAUGGUUAAAGGUAUGAUUGAAUUAGUAUCUUCUUUAAAGGAGGCUCUACUUUAAGCUACUAAUUCUCAUAUGGAUUAAAUUAUUGGUUUAAGUAUUUUUCUGUUGAUUUUUCAAUUCUUCCUAUUUUUCCUUUAGUAUUUUAUACUACAUAAAUAUUAUACAGAGGAAUAUAAUUUGGUGAAAAGGUAUAUGUUAUUAUUACCAUCUUCAACAUUAUUAUUGGAUGAUAAUUUUGAAAGAAACAUUAGAAUAUUCUAUGCUUAAUAUUAAAAUUGA